AUGUCCCAUGAAUGCACACUGAAGUCCAGGCAUCAGACAGGUCAUGUCUCAUGGAAGCCUGCUCGUUUGGGCUCAGAAAUGUUUCAACGAACUGCUUCUGUAGUUCUGUGUGCUGCAUAUACUCUGAUUCUCCUGGCUCUCUGCUACUGUCUACCGUUCUCGCAGCUGUACCGCAGUGUCCAUAGUUACAAAGAUCUGGUCCAGCAAGUAGAGACACAAAAAGAUAUUCGAUCAGCAAAAGCUAAAGAUUAUUUCUCCAGUCUGAAUCCUCAUGAAACAUUUGUACCGUCUCCAGAGUUCAGAAGGUUGCUGUACGCAGGCCAUGCUGUACCCCAUAGAUGUGGUCUACAACCUUUCCCUUUACAUGAUCUCGCCUGCUGCUUCUUAUCGAACAGAUCUCGCCAUUUUUGA